AUGAGCAGAUUUUACUUCGGUUCCGACUCGGACAGCGAUAAUGAUAAUGCCGACUCGCUACCGUUUCCUGCGCCUCUUCCCCGAGAGGCUUUCUCCACUGAUAUCGACGCGCCGUUCUCGCCCAUAGCAUUUUUAGCCACGCUGCGACACCGUCAUCAGACGCUUGAAGACUUGCGUGCAGAGCUCCGUACAAGAAGUAAGGAUCUUGAAAAGGAACUUAUAGAGCUUGUUAACAGGGAUUAUGUCGAUUUUGUUGGAUUAGGGAGCUCAUUGAGCGGGGGUGAUGGAAGGGUAGAAGAUUUGAAGAUGGGGUUGUGGGGGUUCAAAAGGGAUAUCGAAGGCGUUGUGGGGAGGAUUGGAGAAGUAGUAGAAGAGGUUGAAAGAGAACUGAAGGCCCGGGAGGAUAUAAGGGCGGACAAGUUUGGUGUUGGUGCUGACAGAGUGGUUAUUCUCUGGCUUGUUAAGAUACUCGCAAGGACAUUACUAGCCCUCUCGCAAAGACUUGACGAGCUCUCAUCCCUAUUACUUCUCGAUGGGUCAACCCCGGCAGACUCAACAUCUUUAUUAUUUGAUGGUGACGGCGACGAAAGAACAGGAGGAGAUGGGUUAACGAGUAUCGGCCGUCUGAGGAAGAUAGUUUCGGGAUAUCGUUAUGUCGUCCAGCACCUUGUACCCCGUGUACCAGCACAUCAUCCGUUCUUGAAAGCCCAGUUGCCUAGGAUCGCGAAAGUCAAGAAUACCUUGCUAUUGGAUCUUCGAAGUGCAUUGAAGGAAUCAAAGCUAGGAGAUGUGGAAAAAACUAUCGUGGUAAUGGGGUUCUAUGCCGAUCUUGGAGCAGAAAAUGAUGCAGUUAAGGUGUUAAGAGAGAUGAAAAAGGAGGGUUGA